GGAGCCUCCUCUCCCCUCCUCUCUGAGUCUCCCCUCCCUCUCUCUCUCCACCUCCAGCCGAUCUGCUGAACUCUCCCGGGCCGAGGCUGCCAGGGAGCCGGGACACAUCGCUACCCAGCUGGGCAGGAGUGGAGCCCAUGCACCGCGGACACCCGGGGAAGGGAGAGUGCAGGGAGCGUUCACUCAUCCCUAACCCUGGCAGACUGCGCUCACUCCAGAGACCUCAGACCAUGACGACUCAAGAUGUGGCCGUGAAGAAGGAGCGCUCGGAGGAGGUGAUCCAGGCCGUCGUGUGGCAGGAGAACAGCAAAGAGUCCAAAAAGAAGAAGAUGAACGCCGGCGCCGACGAGGUGCCCGCCGAGAUCUGCGUGGUGAUCGGAGACAACCGGAACCAGCAGAACAUUGCAGAAGACUCCCCGGAAAGACACAGCACAACGAUGAGCCGGGAGCCGUCCUGGAGCGGCAGCAGCCGGGCGCGGAGUAUCCCUCCGAGGAUCAGCACGUCGUCGCCAGGGUCCUAUGAAUGUGGAAUUUGUAGGAAGAAGUACAAAUAUUAUAACUGCUUUCAGACGCACGUCCGGGCGCACAUAGAUAACGAAGCGGCGUCGGGCGAGGGAGCGUCGCAGGGAAACAAUUUUCGAUACACGUGCGACAUCUGUGGCAAAAAAUACAAAUAUUACAGCUGCUUCCAGGAGCACAGAGACUUACACGCCGUGGAUGACACCUAUAUCCAUAUGAUGGUAACUUCAGGGGAGGCCAAAGAAGAGGACCCUGAACCAUUUCUCAAACUCGGUCCAAAGACGGGGAAUUACACCUGCGAAUUCUGCGGCAAGCAGUACAAGUAUUACACGCCGUACCAGGAGCACGUGGCCCUGCACGCCCCCCUCAAGAGCGUCUUCAGCCUGGAAUCCGACCCCAAGGCAGCGAAUAACUACGACGAGACCAACAGCAACUCCCAGCACUCCAGCGCAGGUUCCAGUCGAACUCACGCAGGGAUGUCAGACAUGGCCGGAUCUGGGAACGUGACAGGCUGGCAAAAAGAACCGGCCAAUCCAGUCAUCCCCAGCCCGUUCCCUCUGUUACAAGGCAAGGGAUGGAAGAAAAAGAUAAAGAGGAAGGAAGAUUCCGGCAGCAAGCCGCUGAAAGGAGAGAAGAGUAAUAAGACUGCAGAGCCGUACACGUGUGGUGCAUGCGGGAUUCAGUUCCAGUUUUACACCAAUCUGCUGGAGCACAUGCAAUCUCAUGCCGCCGACAAUGAAAACAACAUUUCCACCAACCAGGCGAGAUCGGCUCCGCCGGCCGAAGAAAACUGGAAGCCUCAGCCCCAAAGAAACAGCAGUAAUAACGUCGCCGCAGCCGCGCCGGCCAACAACUCCCUGCCCGAGAAAGAGCGGCAGCACAUCGCCGAGCGCCUGCUGAGGGUCAUGUGCUCGGACCUCGGAGCCCUGAGCGUGGUCAACAACAAAGACUUCCUGAAACUGGCGCAGACGCUGGUGGACACCGGAGCCCGCCACGGAUCGUUCUCGGUCAACGAGAUUUUGGGGAACAUGAACACCUUGGCCCUGAAGCAUUUACCUCGGAUGUACAACCAGGUGAAAGUGAAGGUGACCUGCGCCCUGGGGAGCAACAUCUGCUUGGGCAUCGGCGUCACGUGCCACUCGCAGUACGUCGGCUCCGACUCCUGUUACAUCCUCACGGCGUAUCAGGCCGAGGGCAACCAAAUCAAACGCUACGUCUUGGGUAUUAAGGACAUGGACAGCAGAGACAGCGGGGAGUUCAUCCAUCAGUGGGUGCAGAAUGUCCUCUCCGAGUUUGUGAUGUCAGAGAUCAGGACGGUUUAUGUCACGGACUGCAGGGUGAACUCGGCUGCUUUCUCCAAGGCCGGGACGUGCCUGCGCUGCUCAGCCUGCUCCCUGAACUCGGUGGUACAGAGCGUGCUGAACAAGCGCACGCUGCAGGCUCGCAACAUGCACGAGCUCAUCGAACUUCUAAACGUCUCGGAGGAGCUGGCCGGGUCCUCGGGGUUCUCCAAAGAGACGUUUGGCUCCUUGGAGGAAACGUCUCCCCCGCCGUGCUGGAAUUCGGUGACGGACUCGCUGCUGCUCGUCCACGAACGGUACGAGCAGAUCUGCGAAUUCUACACUCGGGCGAAGAAGACGAGCGUCAUACAAACGCUCAACAAGCAUCUACUGAGCAACUUGGCCGCCAUACUCGCUCCGGUGAAACAAGCCGUGAUAGAACUGAGCAACGAACGCAGGCCGACGCUGCAGCUCGUCCUCCCCACCUACGUCAAGCUGGAGAAGCUCUUCACCUCGAAGGCGAACGACGCCGGAGUCAUCAGCAAGCUUUGCCACCUCUUCCUCGAGGCGCUGAAGGAGAACUUCAAGGUGGACACCGCGCAUAAGGUGGCCAUGAUCUUAGACCCGCAGCAGAAGCUGCGGCCCGUCCCGCCGUAUCAGCACGAAGAGAUCAUAGGCAAGGUCUGCGAACUGAUCGGCGAGGUGAGAGACGGGGCGGAAGAGGCAGAGUUUGAGACGCCUCCCAAAAAAGGCCGACAGGCGGCGGAGACGGCCAAAGUGCAGGACGACGAGCGCACGGGGAAGAACGAAGUCUACGACUAUCUGCAGGAGCCCCUGUUCCAGGCCACCCCGGACCUCUUCCAGUACUGGUCGUCCGUUGCCCAAAAGCAUAAAAAACUUUCCAAACUUGCCUUCUGGCUCCUGGCCGUCCCCGCCGUGGGAGCGCGGAGCGAAUGUGUCAAUAUCUGCGAACAGGCCCUGCUCAUCAAGCGCAGGAGGCUGCUCAGCCCCGAAGAUACCAAUAAAGUCCUGUUUCUGAAGUCAAACAUGCUUUAAACCAACGUGAACUUUUCUCACUAAAGCGAAACACUGUUCCAAAA